ACAAUCAGUUGCCCCAACGCGCUCAAAGUGAUCGCACGUGACAGCAGCACUCGGCGACAACGGCAACUUGGUGCAGACUCCAAAAGUUCCAUAAGAUUCGAGAGUGAGGCAGGAAUAGCAGUCGGUGACCCCAAUUUGUAGUAGAGAAAUGUCAAGAGUGCAAACUGUUCUUGGUAGCAUUACGCCCAAUCUGCUGGGUCGUACACUUACCCAUGAGCAUGUGGCUCUCGACUUUGAGCAUUUCUACAAGCCACCGCCGGCGGACUUUGAGAAUGAAUUGCGGCAAAAGAUCAGCAUGGCUACGUUGGGCUACGUUCGUCUGUAUCCGUACUCGAGCAGGGAGAACGUGCGCUUCUAUGACGAGGAGGCGCUCGAAGCAUCCAGAAAGGACGUGCUCCUCUACAAGAAGCAUGGCGGCGGCGCCAUUGUGGAGAACAGCAGUUACGGACUGAAACGCAAUCUGGAAUUCAUUGUGGACCUGGCCAAGACAACAGGGGUACACUUUAUUGCUGGCACGGGCCACUACAUACACGCCACGCAGGACUCCUCGCACACGAAUCUAACAGUCGAGCAGAUGACAGAUCUCUACACUAAGGAUAUUCUAACUGGCAUCGACGUGAACGGUCGCAUUGUGAAGUGUGGUUUCAUUGGCGAGGUGGCCAGCGUGUUUCCCGUUCAAGAGUUCGAACGACAUGCCCUGCUGGCCGCUGGCGAAAUCCAGGAGGUGCUUGGUUGUGGCGUCUCACUGCAUCCGCAUCGCGUAUCCAAGGCACCAUUUGAAAUCAUGCGGCUCUAUCUCGAGGCCGGCGGACGGGCCAACAAAUGCGUUAUGUCGCACUUGGACCGCACAAUUUUUGACAUGGAUGAAUUGCUGGAGUUUGCCAAGCUGGGCUCUUACUUGCAGUACGACCUCUUCGGCACAGAGAGCUCCUACUACCAGCUGAACUCCACAGUGGACAUGAUAUCAGAUGGCCAGCGCAUAGAGAAUAUCAUGAAGUUGAUCAAUGAAGGACUCGUUGACAGGCUGCUCAUGUCGCACGACAUACACACAAAGCACCGACUGACUUCCUAUGGCGGCCACGGAUACCAUCAUAUACAAAUGAAUAUUCUGCCACGCAUGUUCCAGCGCGGCGUCACCCUGGAGCAGGUCGAGCAGAUGACUGUCACCAAUCCGGCAAACUGGCUGAGCUUCAACGCCUAGACAGAUCGGAACUGAGCACAUCAUAUGUUGUAUAUGAACUUUGCACUGUCCUACGCAGAUCACAGUUUGUUUUUUGUUUUAUUGCCCAUUUUAUUUGCAUCUUUGUGUUGUACUUUGUUGUGUUCAUGCGAUGAUAAGAUAAGCUGUGUUGUUUUUCGGCUGGAGCCCAAAAAUAAAGUAAUUG